AUGUGUGAUGGUUUCGUACGUCAUGAGAAUUGGGACAUAUAUGGAAAUGAUAUAUCUCUUGCAGGUGGAGUUAUCGAUUAUGCUAGCUGCUGCUUAAUAUGUCAAGCAAAUAAAGAAUGUACUGCUUUUGUGUAUUCGCCAUCAAGCAAAGAAUGUUGGCCGAAAAAGAGUGUGGAAAGUGGUGGAAUCUUCAAUGACAAAAAAAUAUCUGGAUAUAAGGUAAACGUCUGUAAUGAUUUCGUACGUAAAGACAGGUGGGACAUACCUGGUAAUGACAUAUUAUCUUCUUCUAUUCAACAACCUGAUUAUGCUAGCUGUUGCUCAACAUGUCAAGCAAUUCAUGGAUGUUUUGCUUUUACAUAUUCACCAUCAAGUCAGCAAUGUUGGCCGAAAACAAUAAUUCCCAAUAUUCCAGUCGAUGCCCGAUGGAAACAGAAUGGAGUGACUGUUGCUGGAGGCCAUGGAAAAGGCAUUGCCAGCAAUCAACUUGACGGGCCUGAAGGUCUCUUUAUUAAUGAUGAUCAAACGAUGGUCAUCGCUGACUGCUGGAAUCAUCGUAUCAUCCAAUGGACGAUGGGUGAUACGAAUGGACAAGUAGUAGCUGGUGGCAAUGGCAACGAAAGUCGAUUGGAUCAAUUGACUCGACCAACCGAUGUGUUGAUCGACAAAGAGACGGAUAGUCUCAUUAUUUGUGAUUCAGGGAAUCACCGAGUGGUACGAUGGUCUCGUCAUCGUGGUACAACUCAAGGAGAAAUCCUCAUCGACAACAUCGAUUGUUUUGGGUUUGCCAUGGAUGAUCAGAGAUAUCUCUAUAUCUCUGAUACCGAAAAAGAUGAAGUAAGACGAUAUCAAAUAGGAGACAAGAAUGGAACUAUUGUGGCUGGUGGUAAUGGCAAAGGUACUCGUCUCAAUCAACUCAACAUUCCGACCUACAUCUUUGUCGAUCAACAACAGACUGUCUACGUGUCAGACAACUGGAAUUAUCGUGUGAUGAAAUGGAAUAAAGGUGCAGAAGAAGGAAUUCUCGUCGCUGGGAAUCAAGGCCAAGGGAAUGCUCUGACACAAUUGGGUCAUCCUAAUGGACUGUUCGUCGAUACAUUGGGUACCAUCUAUGUGGCAGAAUGGGGAAAUCAUCGAGUGAUGCGUUGGCCUAAAGGAGCGAAACAGGGCACUGUUAUUGUGGGUAGAAAUGGUAGAGGAGAAGGAGCAAAUCAGAUCGCGUUUCCCACAGCUUUGUCUUUCGAUCGACAUGGCAAUUUCUAUGUCGUCGAUCGGGGAAAUCAUCGUGUUCAACAAUUUUCAAUCGAAUAA